AUGUUCGUCGUGGUUGGGGAUCGUGGAAGAGAUCAGGUUGUCAUUCUGCACCACAUGUUGUCCAAAGCCACUGUCAAAGCUCGUCCAUCAGUUCUGUGGUGCUACAAAAAGGACCUUGGCUUCAGCAGUAAUCGUAAAAAGCGAAUGCGGCAGCUGCAAAAGAAGAUCAAAACUGGCACACUGAAUCUGAACCAGGAUGAUCCAUUUGAGCUUUUUGUUGCUGCUACCAACAUCCGCUACUGCUACUAUAAUGAGACCCACAAAAUCCUCGGAAACACCUACGGCAUGUGUAUACUACAGGACUUUGAGGCUUUAACUCCUAAUCUUUUGGCAAGAACAAUAGAAACAGUUGAAGGAGGUGGGAUUGUUGUGAUUUUAUUGAGAACAAUGAAUUCCCUGAAACAGCUCUAUACAAUGACUAUGGAUGUGCAUUCACGGUACAGAACUGAAGCUCACCAAGAUGUGGUAGGCAGAUUCAAUGAAAGGUUCAUCCUGUCUCUCGCGUCUUGCAAAAAUUGCGUUGUAAUUGACGAUCAGCUCAACAUCCUGCCUAUGUCCAGCCACAUGGCAAAUAUCAAGCCAGUGCCCCCCAAAACACAGGAGGAAGGCUUGUCUCCUCGUGAACAGGAGUUGAAAGAUCUAAAAGAGUCUCUUCAAGACACUCAGCCUGUGGGUGUGUUGGUCGACUGCUGCAAGACUAUGGAUCAGACUAAAGCGGUGCUGAAAUUCAUUGAAGCGAUAUCAGAGAAGACGUUAAGAAGCACCGUGGCUCUCACUGCAGCUCGUGGACGCGGGAAAUCUGCUGCACUGGGACUGGCUGUCGCUGGAGCGGUGGCUUUUGGCUAUUCCAACAUUUUUGUGACAUCACCAAGCCCUGACAACCUACAUACAAUGUUUGAGUUCAUCUUUAAGGGCUUUGAUUCCCUGCAGUAUCAGGAGCAUCUCGACUAUGAAGUCAUCCAGUCGUUAAACCCAGAGUUCAAUAAAGCUGUUGUCAGAGUGAACAUUUUCAAAGAGCACAGGCAGACCAUUCAGUACAUCCACCCGGGGGACGCCGUGAAACUCGGCCAAGCAGAGCUACUCGUCAUUGAUGAAGCCGCCGCGAUUCCUCUUCCUUUGGUCAAGAAACUACUUGGACCAUAUCUAGUUUUCAUGUCUUCCACGAUCAAUGGGUACGAAGGGACGGGGCGCUCUCUCUCCCUCAAACUCAUUCAGCAGUUGAGGCAGCAGAGCGCAGACAGCCAGCAGAGUCUAUCAGCAGAAAACAAAAACACCAAUACUGCAAGGUUAUCAGCAGCUCGGUCCCUGCAUGAAGUCUCUCUCCAAGAGUCCAUUCGUUAUGCUUCAGGAGACUCUGUGGAGAAGUGGCUCAAUGAUCUGCUCUGUCUCGACUGUCUCAACAUCCCCAGGCUGAUCUCGGGCUGCCCACUUCCACAGUCCUGUGACCUCUAUUAUGUGAACAGAGACACACUUUUCUGCUAUCACAAAGCCUCUGAGGCUUUUCUGCAAAGAUUAAUGGCUCUUUAUGUAGCAUCGCAUUACAAGAAUUCUCCUAACGACCUGCAGAUGUUGUCUGACGCUCCUGCCCAUCACCUCUUUUGCCUUCUGCCUCCAGUCCCUCCAACACAAAAUUCUCUCCCAGAAGUCCUGGCUGUAAUUCAGGUGUGCCUUGAAGGAGAAAUCUCCCGACAGUCCAUCCUUAACAGUCUGUCGAGAGGAAAGAAAGCUUCUGGAGACCUGAUUCCCUGGACGGUCUCGGAGCAGUUUCAAGACAUGGAGUUUGGUAGUCUCUCAGGUGGUCGAGUGGUGCGGAUAGCUGUUAAUCCGGAUUACCAAGGGAUGGGUUAUGGCUCCAGAGCUCUCCAACUCCUUCAAAUGUACUACGAAGGCAAGUUUCCGACAAUGGAUGAGGACGCGAACCAUAAAGGGAUAACUUCAGUUAGCAGCGAAGCUGUUUCCCUUCUGGAGGAGGUGGUCACGCCCAGGAAGGAGCUGCCUCCCCUGUUGCUGAAGUUGAGUGAGAGGAGAGCAGAGAGACUGGACUAUCUGGGAGUGUCCUAUGGCCUCACUGCGCAGCUGCUCAAGUUUUGGAAGAAGGCAGGCUAUACUCCAGUGUAUCUUCGGCAAACUCCUAAUGACCUGACAGGAGAGCACUCGUGUGUCAUGCUGAAGGAGCUGAACACGGAUGAAACGCCGCAGCAGAGUCAGUGGUUGACUGCUUUUUGGAAAGAUUUCCGCAGACGUUUCCUCUCAUUACAAUCCUACCAGUUCAGUAACUUUCACCCAAGUAUGGCUCUCAACAUCCUACAGAAUAAGAAGACCAAGGAGGACACGAGCUUGCUGAGCAGCUCGGAGCUGGCUCUGAUCUUCACUCCUUACGACAUAAAACGCUUGGAGCUGUAUUCCAGAAGCAUGGUGGACUAUCACCUCAUCAUGGACCUGAUCCCAGCUGUGGCUCGCAUGUUCUUCCUCAGGCAGCUGGGAGACGUGUCCCUCUCCGCGGCUCAGAAUGCUCUGCUUUUGGGAAUAGGUUUGCAGCACAAGUCUGUGGACCAGUUGGAAAAAGAAAUAGACCUUCCCAGCUCACAGCUCAUGGGCCUUUUCAAUCGUCUCAUUCGAAAAUUUGUCCAUGUCUUCACUGGAAUCCAGGAGAAGGCCAUUGAAGCUCAGAUGGCCACGUCUAAAGACGUUACAAUGGAACCUACAGUGUGCAGCUUAAAUGAAGACCUGAAUGAAGCAGCCAAAGAGUUUGAGGAGAAGCACAAACAAGAGAUAGAAAAAGUGAAGGAUCUGGACCUUGACCAGUACAGGAUACGAGGGGAUGAGGAGGAAUGGGACCAGGCGUUAAAGAAAGGAGGUGGAGCUGUGAUUAGUAUAAAAAGUGAUAAGAAGAGGAAACUAGAGAGUGGGAGUGUCCAAAGCAAAGGUCCGCAGCAUGAGAAGAUGAAAAAGGAAAUGCAUCAUGGAAAGUCAAAUCAUGGAAAGAAAAAUAAGGACAAACAUGGAAAAUUUGGGAAAAGAGCCUGA